GCUGCUGGAGAGGAAGGAUGGGGCGGUGAGGGGAUGCUACGGUGAUUUUACUUCUGAGGCGAGGGAGCUAGGCUACCUCGCCGGGCCGAUGGUGGGGUGACUCUGUUACAGUACUUGGUUCAGGUCACUCCUCGAUGAUGGUUGGCCAUCUCGGCGAGCUCGCGCUCUCCGGCUCCGCCAUUGCUUGGAAACUCUUUGUGGGCGAGCUUAUGGAGCAAAACGAUACAAAAAGCUUGGAAUCCACACAUACAGAGCUAUUCUAUCACUCAUAAUAGUCUGCCUCCCAAUUUCUCUCCUUUGGAUUUAUAUGGGGAAGCUUCUCUCACUCAUAGGUCAGGAUCCCCUAAUAUCCCAAGAGGCUGGCAAAUAUAUAGCCUGGAUGGUCCCUGCCCUCUUUGCCUAUGGCACUGCUCAGCCUCUUAUGAAGUUUCUUCAAUCUCAGAGCUUAACUCUUCCUAUGCUUUUGAGCUCAUUCACAACACUUUGCAUCCACAUUCCUUUGUGUUGGGCCAUGGUGUUAAAAACUGGUUUGGGCAAUGUAGGGGCUGCGCUUUCUAUAAGUAUUUCUUAUUGGAUCAAUGUAUUGAUUCUCUUGAUGUACAUCAAGUACUCAGAUUCUUGCAAAGCAACUCGUACUGCGCUCUCGAUGGAGGCAUUCAAGGGUAUCAAUGAGUUCUUGAGACUAGCAGUUCCCUCUGCAGUAAUGAUGUGUCUUGAAUGGUGGUCAUUCGAGCUGCUUGUCCUACUCUCGGGUCUCCUUCCAAAUCCAAGGCUUGAAACAUCAGUCCUUUCUAUAUGCCUUACAAGCAUUGUGGUUCUCUACACCAUACCAUAUGGCCUCGGUUGUGCUGCAAGUACACGAGUAUCGAAUGAACUCGGAGCUGGGAAACCAAAUGGAGCUCGUUUGGCUUUUCUCGUGGUGAUAUCGAUCACAAUUGUGGAGGCAUUGGUGGCGAGCUUGGCACUUUUUGGCCUCCGCCGAGUCAUCGGUUAUGCUUACAGCAAUGAGGAUGAGCUUGUGCGUUAUGUUAGAGAAAUGAUUCCUCUUGUUUCCAUCUCAGUUAUCAUGGAUGCCUGCCAAGGUGUGCUCUCUGGAAUUGCUCGCGGAUGUGGAUGGCAACACAUUGGAGCUUAUGUUAACCUUGGAGCGUUCUAUCUCGUCGGAAUCCCAACGGCAGUCUUGUUGGGUUUUCUCUUCCACAAUGGAGGAAAGGGUUUAUGGAUUGGUAUAUUGUCAGGUUCUGUGAUUCAAACCCUUCUUCUUGGAGUAAUAACUAUUUCUACUAAUUGGCAACAUCAGGCAGUGUUGGCGAGGAACAGGGUUGAUGAGAGAUUGUCAUUAGAAAGUUGUGUGGAAUGAGGUUAGUUUUCAGUAUAUUUUUGAUCGAGUCAUUAUCCUUUUCAUUACCAUUUCAACAUAAAAAAUGUAUGGCUGAAACUUUGAAUAAUCAUUUAACUAUGCAGAUUAGCAAUUGUGAUGUUUGUAUUAUAUUGAGAUUGAACAAAACAAAAAGUA